UCCGCGACGAAUAUAUUUGGAUUUUGGAUCACUGGCUCUGUUCUGUUGUUGGUUUGUUUCCACUUUGGAGUGUUCAUAAAAUGUGAUAAUACGCAAUUCAAUAAAUAUAUUUAAAAAAAGAUGAUAUCGAAUAGAGUUGUUAAGUUGCAAAGGCACAAACGCUACCUGCUAGUGCCGAGAAAUGCGAGUACCACGCAGGAAACGAAGUCUAUUCAGCCUCCAAAUCCGAGGAGAAUCAGCACCGAUAUGGUAGGACCCCCCGAUCCUGUGUCCAAUCUCAGGCGAGUCAUAUUUAGAAUACCACCCAACGAAACUGAAUUAGAAAAAAGAUAUCGAGAAAUGAGAACAGAGGUACAGGAUUGGAACCAGAAAUUUUGGGAGAAACACAAUUCCAGAUUUUAUCAGGAAAGAGAGGAGUAUGUGAAGAAUAAUAUGCCAGCAGAUAAACAGAACUUAACCGCGGAUGAAAUGAGCGUGUUUUACAAAGCUUUCCUAGACAAAAAUUGGAAACUGCACCUCAACUACAAUAGUGAAUGGUACAAAAAAAACUUUGCACUACUAGGCCUAGCAAUAAGAGUGAAACUAAUGAAAUUAUUUAGAUUUAAAGAUAGGAAUUAGUAACGUUUUUAUACUUAGAGCAAUUGUUUGGACAUUAAGAAUGUUUAUUUUUAACUAAUAAAAGGGAGUUCAAAAUUAA